UGUGUCUGUCCCACCAGCAGCCAGAGUGCCCAAUGCAUGAGGAUGACACGCGUUUCGCGAGCGCUGGGGUAUGUGAAAUCUAAAAGGCGGACCUCGGUUUGCGUUAUUUAGCCUGCUUUGCCAAAAAAAUAAAUAAAUAACGGCGUCUUCCGGGGUGACUCAAAUGAUGGAUCUGCACAUAUUGGACCACAGAUUAAGGGUGACAUGUGUCAGCAAACUUGGACUGGAGCUUUACACACACCCCCUGAUCAAACUGAUAUUUUUAAGAAAAAGGACGAGAUGCAAAUUUUUCAGUCUGACGGAAACUCCGGAAAAUUACACGGUUGUCCUCGAUGAAGAGGGAUUUAAAGAGCUACAGCCGUCAGAGCACUUACAGGUGGAGGGGUCCAUUUGGCUCCCUCUCAACGUUGUCUCCAAUGGCAAUGCUUCCAGUAGCUCGCAGGCUGUGGGGGUCACCAAGAUCGCCAAAUCUGUUAUCGCUCCAUUGGCCGAGCAGCACGUGUCCGUCUUCAUGCUCUCCACGUAUCAGACAGACUUUAUUCUGGUGCGAGAGAAAGACUUGCCAGUGGUGAUGGAGACUCUAGAGGUGGAGUUUAAUAUUUUCAGAGAGGAGGGGGGUGAGCCUGUACCAAUUCACAGUCAGGACGACUGGAACAGCCUCCAGGGGAACGGCAGAGAGGUACUGCAUGCAAAGGUUCAUCCGGUCUUGAUCCCAGAAAAUCAGUUCUGUGUAAUGAGUCUAGAUCCAGACACUCUGCCAGCGAUUGCCACCACCCUCAUAGACGUUCUGUUCUACUCUAACAGUCCAAAAGAGGGCGCCAGUGUGGAUCAGAAAAUUGAAGGCAUCAAGUUCUUCUCAUUCUCUCUGAUUGAUGGAUACAUUUCAUUGGUGAUGGACACGGAAGCACAGAAACAAUUUCCUGCUGAUCUUCUUUUCACCAGUAGUUCUGGUGAGCUCUGGAAGAUGGUGAGGAUAGGAGGGCAGCCUCUUGGAUUCGAUGAAUGUGGAAUAGUGGCUCAAAUCUCUCAGCCCCUUGCAGACAGUGAUAUAUCAGCUUAUUACAUCAGUACCUUCAGUUUUGAUCAUGCUCUGGUGCCAGAAGAAGACAUUGUGAGUGUGACCGAGAUGCUUCAAGCUCAGAGGAAGGAUGUGCCUCUCUGAAGCCCUUCUGAAGUUAAUUGCCUCUUUAGUGUGAGGAGGGUUGAAAAAUGCCCGUGUGGUGGAUGGUAGAUCUUCUCAGUGCCACUAACACAGUAUUGCCAUCUUAUCAUCUAGCCAUAACCACACAGGUGCUAAAAUCACAUGCACUGAUCAUAUCAUACCCCAUUAGAGAGAAUUUUAGUAUUUAUACAUGCUGAUUUAAAUGACAGUGUCAUAGCAUAUAUCGUUGCUGAAGUCAGACAGUUUUAAGCACUUUUCUUUUUUUUUUUUUUUAGUGAAUUAGAAAUUAUGGUGCAUGUCAUUAGAUCUGCAGCCUUUAUUACUUCAAUGCAAUGGAAAUAAGCAAAUAUUGUUGUGAUGUUUCUUCCUGAAAUAUAACGGUGUAAAAUCCAUGUUGGGGGUUUAUUUGCUGGCAUUUAUGUUCUGCCCUUUUGCAGUGCAAAAACACUUACUAGUGUGAGUAUUGUGCACAGGCGGGUCUUCCAGUAUUGUUAGUUUUUCUUUUCUUAACUAACCUUGUUUAAAGGGAUAGUUCACCCCAAAAUCUGUCAUCAUUUAAUCGCCCCCAUGUCAUUCCAAAACCCAUAUGACUUUUUCUUUCAUAGGAUGCAAAAAGAGACGUUAGGCCGAAUGUCAACCUUAGUAACCAUUCACUUUCAUUGCAUUUUUUUUUCUCUAGAUCUAAUGAAAGAUUGAAAGACAUGGGCUUUGGAACCACAUUAGUGUAAGUUUGAGAGAGAAUGUUCAUUUUGGGGUGACUGUCCCUUUAAGAGCAAGGACCAGGAGUUUUACUAUUGUAGCAACCUUUAGUGUCAUUUAAAUAUUGCACAUAGAUAAGCAGUUACUGAUGAUUGAACUAGAGCAAGUAUCUUUUUAUAUAUAUAUAUAUAUAUAUAUAUAUAUAUAUAUAUAUAUAUAUAUAUAUAUAUAUAUAUGAGCAUUUCAAAUACCUAAAUCGUUCUGUUAUUAGUGAUUAUUUUGUGUAAAAUCGCAAAUAAUCAAACCGCAAAUGUUUACAGCAAAGUUAUUCAGGUGAAUCUCAUGAAGAACAUGUCCGAGUCAUCUUUCAUGCCAAAGUCAAAUAGAAGAAAUUAUAUUUUCCGUAAAGAAAAUGAAGCCUGGUGUUUUAUUGGUUUGGACUAUUAUGUAUUUUUGCAUUUUGACCUUAAUUUAAUGGCAGUUAACACCCCCUACCCCUUCAAUUCUCAUUACCAUAAAUGCAUGAAAUUCACAUUGCUGUAUUGUGAAAGAAAUAUAUAUUAUAUGGAGUGGUGGUGGUGUAGUGGUCUAAAGCACAUAACUGGUAAUCUGGUAAUUAGAAGGACGCUAGUUCGAGCCCCACAGCCACCACCAUUGUGUCCUUGAGCAAGGCACUUAACUCCAGGUUGCUCUGGGGGGGAUUGUCCCUGUAAUAAGGUCUCUGUAAGUCGCUUUGGAUAAAAGCAUCUGCCAAAUGCAUAAAUGUAAAUGUAAAUAUAUAUUAUUUAUAUUGGAACAUUUUUAUACAUCAUGGGAGUAUUUGUUGGACUGCCUUUAUCUUAAUCAAUUUAUGUUGAUUUAAAAGACCUUAAAGUAAUAGUUUUAUUUGUCAUGCAGUAAAAAAAAAAAAAAAGAUCAUUUUGAUUCUAAAAAUUGUUUUCUUGCUAAAUAUAAUAUAGUUUUCUUUCUUUCUUUUUCUUUAUCAUGGAGUGCAAUGUACCCAGGACACUUUUUGUGAGAUUCAUGCAUUUAUUGAGAACUUAAACUCCCCUUUUUGACAGAGAUGGGAAUUUUUAGUCUGUACAUCUUAAAAGGCCAUCAAUCAACAAAUACAUUAAUGUAGGAUUAAUCUGCAUAUAUUUAGUCUCAAAUCAUUGAAAUCACUGGGUCACGCCAGUACCACUUUGUCAGUUGAUCUUCUUUUGAGAUAAAGGAAAUCUUUUUGCACAACUGUCUGUUUGAAUGACAGCACAUUGACUCUGCUCGUGACAUUUCUGCCUUUGCUGCCUUUUAAAGAGGCUCAGCAUCAGUGUGGCCUUACAGUCUCUUAUAAUAUUUGCUUCAUGUCAGAGCAGGCUGUUAUUUUCUACUUUUGUUCACUUUGUGUGAACCAAGCACAUGCUCUUAAAGAGAGAUUUCUCCACAUGUAUAUGCAAAUUUGACAACAAUUGUUUUGGAAAGGUUGUUUAGAACAUUUAUCCUGAAAAGUGCUUUUGAUUAUUAAAGGAGUCACAAAAAAGGCUUUUAAAAUGAUGUAUGGAGAUCUUUCUCAUUCCAGGCUUUGAAUUAACGAGUUGCUUGUGUAACACUUUACAAUAAAGUUCUGUAUGUUAAUAUUAGUUUGUGUGUUAGGUAUCAUAAACUAAAAAUAUUUGUAUCCACACUUAAUAAUUGUGGUUAAUGUUAAUGAAUAAAAACACAGUUGUUCAUCAUUAGGUUCAUAAUGCAAUAACUAAUGUUAACCUAUACAACCUUUCAUUUGAUAAAUGUAUUAGUUCAUGUUCAAAUGAACAUUUUAAAGGGUUAGUUCACACAAACAUGAAAAUUCUCUCAUCAUUCACUAGCCCUCAUGCCAUCCCAGAUGUGUAUGACUGACUGUCUUCUGCAGAACACAAAUUAAGAUUUUAAAGUAAUAUUUCAACUCUCUAGGUCCUCACAAUGGAAGUGAAUCGGUGCCAAAUCUUUGAAGCUCCAAAAUCAAGGGCUGCAAGGGAGCAUAAAAGUAAUCCAUAUGACUCCAGUGAUUAAAUCCAUGUGUUCAGACACAAUAUAAUAGGUGUGGGUGAGAAACAGAUCAAUAUUUAAGUCAUUUUUAUCAUAAAAUCUCCUCUAUGCCCAGUAGGGGGCAAUAUGCUUUAAGACUGUGAAUCACCAAAAACAGAAGAAGAAGAAGAAGAAGAAGAAGAAUGGGAACAUGAAACUGAAAUGGAGAUUGACUGAGCAGGGAGGAGAACUUCAGAAGAUAUGGAUUUAACCACCAGAGUUGUCUGGAGUACUUUUAUGUUGCCCUUAUGUGGAAUUUGGAGCUUCAAAAUGAUGGCACCCAUUCACUUGCAUUGUAUGGACCUUCAGAGCGGAGAUAUUCUUCUAAAAAUCUUCAUUUGUGAAUUUUGUUGGAGAAAGAAAGUCAUACACAUCUGGGAUGGCAUGAGGGUGAGUAAAUUAUGAGAGUAUUUUCAUCUUCAACCAAGGGUUAAUAAAUGCUGUGAAAGUGUUGUUCAUUGGUACUUCAUGUUAACUUAUGUAGUUGAGUAAUAUUAACAAAUAAAUACUUAUUGUAAAGUGUUACUCUUAUCACAGCUCUUCAGAAUUUAUAAUUGCACUUGGGUAUAAUUUCAUAGCUGCAGGGGUAGUUUGAUUUAAUAAAAACAAAUAAAAAACUUGUAAAGCUUCAAGUAUAAGAAGUCUUUGUUACUAUAAAGCUCAAGAUUUUUUGAAGAGCUGCUGAUAUAAAAACAAGUACAGAACAUUAGAUUACUAUUUAGCGUCACUUUUUGCGUGUCUUUUAUGCAACUGAUUCGUUUUUUU